AUGGCUGGGAGGCAGCCUAUCGUGCAACAUGCCGAGCAGCCGCUCGUGCAGAUCAGGGAAUGGGUAAUGAAGCGAUUGAAGCACCUGUUGGGCUUCGACGAGGUCGAUGGCCUCGUGGAUAACCUCAUGAAGCUCCAAUCUGCCGAGGAGAUCGAAAAGUACAUCAAGGACAUCCUGGGCACCGAGCGCAAGGCGGUGCAAAAGUUCACCGAGGAUCUGAUUCAGAAGCGGAAGGACGCCUCGCCCCUCUUCCGCACGGUGCCCAUCAGGAAGCUCUCGACCGCCGGACCCUCGGGCCAGGGUCCGAGCGAGCCCAACGUCAAGGUCUACCGCAAGAAGGACGAAGUCGAUCCCUAUCAUGCUAAGCCAAGUGCGCACUACAUGACACGCUACGUCGACUACAGCAUGGUGAAGAAGAAGAAGAAGCCGGUGAACAAGCCCAAGGAUCAGGGCGCGUCGCCGCCGAUCCCCAGCGCGGGCCAGGCGCAGACUGGCGGUGGCAAGAAGAAGGGCGGUAAGCAACAGGCCGGCGAUUCGCUCCAGCUUCCCGGACGCGCCUGGUGCGGGUGCAUGGUUCCGCUGGCCGCCGGCGAGUGUCUGGUCAUGGCUUCUCACGCAACGCAACGCAACGCAACGCAACGGGCGUCUACAGCCGCGCGCCAUCCGCUGCUGGGCAACUGCCUGUAUUGCGGCAAAAUCGUGUGCGCGCAGGAAGGUGUCGGUCCCUGCCUCUUUUGCGGGAAUGCGGUCGGCGAAGCGCCCGGCGCCGGCAGCAUCUCGCUCUCCAAGCAAGAGGCGGACGCUGAGUACGACGCCAGCUUGGCUCGUGCGCUGGAGCACAAGGACAAGCUGCUCGAGUACGAGAGAACCAGCGCGCGCAGGACCGUUAUCUAUGGCACGCAGCCUCCGCCCCUUUACGUGGCGCGGGCGAUGAACGAUCAGCAGGACUACUUCCAGACGGACGGCUCGCAGUGGAUGACCCCCGAACAGAGGAAGCAAAUGAAGAAGCUCGAGGAGGAGCGGCGCAAGCAGCGCGAGGACGCCAAAAACAAGGUCUCCAUCUCCUUCGACUUUGCCGGACGUCGCGUAAUGGUCGACCAAGGUGCGGCGAUGGACGAUGCGUACUUCUUCGAGAAGGCGGACGACAUCUCGCGGGGCGUGCUGCAGAACCCCACGCUCCGGCGUCCAGCUCCGGUCUUCACAGCGGUCGACGAACGGCCCGCCGCCAAGGGAGGCAGCAGCAAGGCGACGGGCAAGGCCACCGCCGACCAUGCCGCCAACAAGGAGAAGGACGAAGACGAGUACAACAGGAAGCUGCAGCAACGUGCCUCAAAGCGUGUGCAGCACGACUACUAUGCGAUCGACAGCGAGUGGACGCCCGAAGAGGCUCCCACCACGUCCUCCUCCUCCUCCUCGUCGUCUUCGGCAGCGUCGUCCGCCGCGCCGACAGCCAGCCAGCGGUCGUUCAAAUUCCGCGGGCUGUGCGAGCGGGCCUUCGACUACGCGCCGCUCUACCCGUCGGCCGCCUUCCACCGCUGGAGCGCCGACGACCGCCGCACCGUCAUCUCCACCCUCAGGCAGACGAGCGGCCUCACCGCCUAUCUCUACGUCGUCGACGCCACCGCCGCCAGUGGUGGUGACGGCGACGCCGAGCUCGCGCGCGUGGGCCAGCUGGCCGACGUGUGCGCGCGCGAGGGCGUCGAGCUGGUCUACGGCCUGAGCUUCCCGGCGGCGUUCUUCACCGGCGCCGCGCUAGAGAAGGACAAGGUCGACAAGCUGCGCGUCGUGGAGCGCAUGACCGCGCUGUCGUCGACGGGCGCCGGCGCUGUGACCCGCUUCGCGUUCUUCUUCGACGACGCGCCCGCGCCGCACCUGCCGUCGACCACGUCGCCGACGAUGCUGGGUUCGGUGGGCGGCAAGACGUCGCUGCUGUCGAGCCUCCACGCCUACGUGGCCAACCACCUGCUCGACGAGACGCGCAAGCGCGCGAAGCAGGCGGCCCCCGCGCUCAAGUUCUUCCUGCUGCCCCUCUUCUACGGCAAGGACGUCAAGGAGAACCGCAGCGGCGGCGCCGGCGGCAACGGCCCCAAGCAAACUCCCUCUUUCGGCACACAACAGCACAAGAAGGAGCAGGAGGCGGAGAUGGACAGGGACGUGGUGCAGUACUGGAAGGAGAUGGACCGUAACACCCGGCCCGACUUCACGUUCCUCUUCUCCGGCUUCACCUCGAUCGAGCCCCGUGCACCCAGGGGCAGCUCCGCAGCGCCGUCGGCCACUGCCGCCACCGUCGCCGCCCUCGACGGUAUCUCCCUCGGCCGGCUCAGGCAGCUCGUGCAGCAGCAUAAGGUGGUCCUGCUCGACACCUACCCCUCGCUUGUGCCCACCUUCAAGAGCACGACGGUGCUGGCCAAGGCCACGACGACCGCCACCACCACCGCGUCGGCGUCGCUCGUGCGCUCGUUCCCGGCGAUCACGCACCUGCAGGGCUACGAGGCGAGCGCACACGCGGCGGCGGCGGAGUGGGCCGACGGGCUGGCGGUGCAGGUGGCGUCGGCCCUGGUGCCGCCCCAUGCCGGCCUCGUGCCGCUGCUGACGGCCUUUGACUUCAUGCUGGCGCCGCACACGCACGACCCCACCAUCGCGCUCAAGUCGGCUCUCCUGCGACUCCUACAGGGCGAGGAGCGGCUCGCCGACGAGCUGCUAGGUCUCAUCGACGCCACGCCCUCGGCAUCGUCGUCGCUCGCCAUCCGCCGCUUCAAGAUCAAGAAGCUCGCCACGCCCACCUUCUUCCACGAGACGGCCGACCGCAUGAGCUACGUACGCAAGAGCCUGUCGUCGACCUCAUCAUCGGCGCCCGCAGCGACGGCGGCGGGCAGCGGUGGCGUGGCGCUCGAGCGGCUGGGCGAGGAGCUGCGACCGUUCUUUGUGCUGCUGGACACCUUCCUCGACAUGAACGCCAUCAACUUCGAGCUGGAGGCCUUCUUCGAGAAGCAGAAGCAGACGAAGCACGCCGGCGCCGGCGGUGGCCAGAAGUGGGACGAGUUCACCGAGUUGAAGAAGAGGCUGACGGAGGUGGAGCGGAAGCUGGACGUGCUUCUUGCACCCGCAUACCCGCUGUCCACACUCAAGCACAACCAACGUGACCUCAACACCGCCUACCUUGAAGGCUGA